CACAAAAAUUAACCGGAAGUCCCACCCCUAGGCUGUCGUCUUCUGUCGAACCGAAGCGCGCUCGUCCAUAUUCUGUUGUCUGGCUUCACAUUUCCGCGCAGCAACAUGGACACAGAGUUGUUUAUGGAGUGUGAGGAUGAGGAGCUGGAACCAUGGCAACAGGUGGAUGACAGCGUGGAGGAAGACGACGUUGACUAUUCCUCUGAGGCUCCCCCCCCCUGCAGUGGCACCUCGAUCACACCUGCUCCAGCAUCAUCAUCACCAUCACUGAUGCCACCUCCUCUUCCUCCCCCCUCCUCUUCCUCUUCCUGUGCCACGCCCCUGGUCUCUCAGGCCCCUCCUCUCAUCCUGACACAGACGAAUAGGGGGGCGCUCCUCCUCCCUGGUGCUUCUGCUACAGCGACACCCAUUCUUUUAACUGCGCAGGCUUUCCCGCUGCAGACCAUGAGGCCUGGUACUUCUCUGGUUCUUAACCUACCAUCAGCUCAGCCGGUCCGGCCCCUCACACUGAUACACAGCCCGCCGCUUGGUCCAUUGGUGCGACCCGAUGUGGGCGUGUCCUCUGUCCUCCCCCAGACCAGGCUCUCCUCUACACACACCGGACUUCCCACCAAGCCUGCCUCCAUGCAUCUGCCCACUGCGCUGACCAUUCACUCCAGCACGGCGGGUCAUGUGAGCCCACACAUGUCUCAGGUGGGUGGGGCCAAAGUCUCAGAGUCAUCGGGAUUGACCAAUGCGAUGCCCCCCCGUAGCAGCAUGACAGCGCCUGGCUCCUCCCCUUCGAAAGUGACCUUCCUAAGUGGGACGUCAGCCCCGACUCCAGGACGCCCCAAGGUGGUCCUGAGUGUGGAUGAGUUCUACUAUGGAACGCUGGAAGGGAGCCAAGGUCCAAGGAGGCCACACCCCCUGGGAUCCAAAGCCUCCAGCUUUACCUGCCAAGUCUGCUCCCACCCUGUCAACAACAACCUGAGGUUGGUGCAACACAUGCUGCAGCACUCUCCGCUGAUCCGAGGAGGAGAUGUGAAGAAGCUGUGCACGUUUUGUUUUCGUCAAUUUUCGAAUCCCACUCAACUGCUGAGCCACCGGGAGCUCGUGCACGGCUCCGCCCCUUCCUCAAGCACAUGUCGCAUAUGUGAGUGGUCCUUUGACAGCGAGUCAGCCUUCCUGAACCACAUGAGGUCUAACCACAAACCAGGAGAGAUGCCCUAUGUCUGCCAGGUGUGUUCCUAUCGCUCAUCCUUCUACUCGGACGUCCUGCAGCACUUUGCUACCUUCCACAGAGACUCACACUGCCUGCUCUGUGUCUUCUGCCUGAAAGUGACCAGGAACGUGGCGAGCUACCAGCAGCACGUGCUGCGACACAAGAUGAGUCAAGCCUUCCACUGCAGUAGGUGUCGUCUGCAGUUUGUCUUCCUCAAGGACAAAACACAGCACAAGUUGGAAAACCAUCACAGCGUCCGCCGACCUGCCAAACUGGAAGGUCUACCACUGGGGUCAAAGGUGACCAUCCGGAUGUAUAGCAGGAAAAGGUCUCCAUUGACAUCGGUUGGGGGUGGUGCCCACCUCCUGCAGAACCCCUCCUCCCUCAUCCAGCCAAUCAAGAUCAAGACGGAGCAGCAGAACUCUUCGACCCUCAGGAGACUGUCCAAACCUCCCCAGUCGCCCCCCAUGAGGCCUGCCAGCGUCCGUGACAUCAGGUUGGUGUGCUUGGAGUGUGGAAGCGAGGCCUCGGACCUACCCGCCCACUUUCCCACACACGUGCGCUGUCUGCUGUGUGCUUACAGCAGCUGCUGCUCCAGAGCCUACGCAGCCCACAUGAUCCACCACCACGUGCCGCGUUCCAAAGGUGAAGCUCUUCCUCUGCAUCGGCUGCCUCCCCCCUGUCCUUUCUUCCUGCGGUGUUCCUGCUGUGACUUCACGUCACCGUUUGCGGACAAGAUGGCCGAGCACCUUGUGGUCAACCCGGAGCACCGUAGUGCCACCUGUCGCUCCAGAAUCUCCGCCGAUUUGGAUAUCCAGCUAUCAGCUUCAGAUGAAGAGCCACCACAGUCAGCUGAGGAGGAGAACCCAGUCCAGGAUGAGGACUGGAGGUCGGGGGAUUGUUGGAAACGGCCUUUGGAAAACCCCAAAACCACGACUUGCGUACGCCCUUUCACUGAGACCAGCGGACCUCACCACUCUCUGCAGGGAAACAGUGAUGCCAUCGAUUACUUCAACCUGCUUUUCCCUGCAGCGCUCGUAGAACUGAUCACUACCGAGACCAACACCCACGCAAAGAUCUGCCGUUACCUGGGCUUUGGAUGCCCAGACUGGGUUCCGGUCACUACCCAUGAGAUCAAAGGUUUCAUCGGUCUGUGCAUCCUAAUGGGAAUUCAGAACCUUCCUGAGCUGUCGCAAUACUGGUCCUCCAGUGACCACGACAACAGCCACACCUUUCACCGCACCAUGACGCUGGGGCGCUUCAAACAAGUGGCAUCCAACAUUCGAAUGGGAAGCUUUGCCACGAACGAGCAUCGCUGCACCAGCAACCCAAACGACUCACUGCACAUCUUUAGGCCAAUGCUGGACAUACUUGGCGGGUCUAUGUGGGAUGCUUAUCGGCCAAACUGCUGCCUGACCAUCGACAGAGCGCUGCUGCCCCGUCUGGAGGGAGACGGAGUCCUUGGCACAGGGGACUCCAAGAACCAACCUCAAGUGUGGCUGCUGUGUGACUCCAAGUCCGGCUACUGCCACCGCUUCUUCAUCCAAACAAGCGAGAACUGGAAACAGGAAGUGGGAUUCAGCGUGGUACCGGAGCUGGUGAAGGGUCUGGAGGACAAGCACCAUCAGCUCUACUUAGCCAAAUCACUCACAUCAGUCCCGCUUGUGAAGAAUCUUUUGGAGCAGGGCAUCUACGCCUCCAGUUCCUUCCCACCUCCCAGCUGCAUCCUGCCCAGAGCGCUGUGGGAGGACGGGCAGCUGAACAAACCCGGGGACUUUGUGCAAAGGAGGCUUGGCCCCCUGCUGGCUACACGUUGGAAGGACACCAAGGAGAUGGGCUGCCUGUCUACCAAUGCUGAUGCGGGGGAAGUGGACACUGUGUGGAGGCGGUCUCACACCAAAGUGGGGGGCUUAGAUCCAAUGAAUCGGCCCAUGGCCUUUCGUCUCCUGCAGGAGAACAUGCGAGGUGUGGACAUUUGCAAGCAGCUACUGGCCUGCAACCCACUUGGUGGCAUUCUGCAGGACCGACACUGGCGUGGUCUGUUUUGGUUUAUGGUCAACCUCAGUGUGGUCAACGCCUUCAUUGUGUUGCGCGAGAGCCGCAAAGCGAACCCACCAGCCUGGGUGCAAAAUGGCCUCUUCACACAAGCCAACUUCCGAAAACAACUUGGCUGCCAGCUUGCCAAGUGUGCGCGGAGGUUGUCGGAGACCAUUAGCUGGCGGCGGCCCAAGAUAGAGAGGACAGAUGAAGCCAUUCAACAACGACACAGGAUGGCGAAAAUCAGCACUGGCCCAAAGAGGUGCCGCAACUGCAACAUAAAGAACAUUCGCCACGAGAGCGUCUUUGGCUGCGUGGUGUGUCGGGUGAACCUGUGCAAGCAGCCACAGUGUUUCUGGGAGUUUCAUGGCCUGUCGCCUCUCAACAAAGGCUCAACAAAAGUGGGGUUCUUCAAGAAUCCACAAAGCGGAGAAGUCGAGACUGCCGAGGUUCAAGACCAUAUGGCCCCAGUGGAGGACGUGGACUCCUCUGAAGACGAGGGACUGAAUGAGCAGGAAGAAAGUAUAUGUAUAAAGGAGGAAGAGCUCGCAUCUCCCUCGCCAUAUCCUGAAGAUAUUAGCAGGCAGUCAGCUGAUUCCAUCCCCCAAGAGCAACAAGACUGCCUCUCGCCCCAUCAACUGAGGGUCGCUCUGCUAGCUUUGUGUGGUGGACUGCACCAAGCUUCACGCGUCUUUUCCACCGAGCCACACCUUAUCCGUUCCUGGCUGAAGGAGGCCAGGAAGCAUCUGAAGCAAAGGAAACAACAUGUUUACAGUAAAGGCGAGGAGGGCAUGGUGGCAUGGGUGCUAAGCCAGCGAGAGCAGCAGGUUCCCAUCAGCGAGAGCAGCCUCUUCCGUGAAGCGUCCAUGCUGAAGAAAAAUGGAGCAUUUGGCGACACCGUCCGAAUCUCGCACGACUGGGCUGUACGCUUCAUGCUUCAGUAUAGGCUUGGCCCAUCCUCCGCCGGCAGGAAGUCCACGCUGGCUUGUGUGCUGCCGCUGUCUUUGGAAGACAAAAUCCGAUCUUUCAGGGAGUUCACACAGAAAGUAAUCCGGGUUCAUGACCUUGCAGAAAGUUCUGUAGCUGUGGUGGAUGAGUUCUGCCUCUUUGUAGAUUUGAGCAGCAUUCUUAAUCAGAGCCACCGCACAGAGGCGCUGCAGUUCACAGGGUCUGUACCUCUGAUUACAGUGUACCUGUCGGCACUGGCUGACGGCACCAUGCUGCCAGCUGUGGUGCUGACCAACAAGCAACUUGCCCGUAAAGUUCUGCCGGACUUUGUUGUGUUGGAAGCAAACUUGGACAACAUCUCAGCUGCCGAGGCCUUUAAGCUCUGGACUAAAAGGAUUUGGCUUCAGUAUCUUUCUGGGCCAGUUCACCACAAAAAGUCCAUGUUAGUGUUGGACCCACACCAAGAGCACACGGGAGAUGUGUUUCUUAGCAACAUUAGCGGAUCAGGCACUCUUCCGGCCGUGAUCCCUGCCGGGUGUUCCUUCGUCCUCCAGCCCCUGCUGCUUUGCAUCAAGCCGGCACUGCAACGCUUCUUGCGCUCUCGUUGGACCACGUUCAGCGCCGGCAACUCAAAAGAGCUGGAGGAAGCUUCACCAUGCCAACUGCACGACAACGUAACCGGGAUUCUCCUCGACUGGAUGGUGGAAGCCUUUACGCAUCUGAAAGACCUUCGCCAGCUUUGGAGGAAGUCCUUCCAGCUCACGGGCCUUCUGCCUAGGCGAGAACACAGUGACAGCAACUUGGAGGAAGGCAUGAACCACGAGGAGAACCAGCAGGAUCUCCUCAAGAGGCUGGAAGAUAUACUUCUACCGUCUGAAGAUGGUUUAGACCCUCUGGAAAUAGAGGACUUCGAAGAGGACGAGACAUCAGCGGGGGAACAGAACGGUGGUCAAGAGGCGGAGCCAGAAGAAAAAGGGGAGGAGACAGUUGAGGGUGAAGAGACAAAAAAGGAUGGUGAGAUCAAAGACAAGGUUAUGACACUCGAGGAGGACAGUGAGGAAGAAGGGAAAGAGGCCAAGGAUGACAGGAAGGACGUGACAAAGGAGCGGAGAGAGACCAGGAUUAUGAUUGGAGAGCAAGUCGGUGACGAGUGGAAGAUAACCACGAAGAGCAGGUUGGAGGGUGUGGAGCCAAACGCAGACGCCGUCGAACGAAUGGACGGUUGAAAUCUCCUC